GUUUCCUGACACAUUUGAUUCCCUGCAGACAAAGUGUGCAUAGAGCUGUUCUUUCUUCUUUGGGGAUGUGUAUGCUCAACCCCUGUGCCAGUUACUUCUAGGGGAGAAAAAGAGGAUAAAAAUGUAUCUCAUUUGAUUGAACUGUAGAAUAUGACUACUAUAUUCAAUAGUACUUUCCAUCUUUUAUUUUAAAUAUUUCCAAAUUACAGAUAGUUUUGCAAUGUGUUUGAAACAUGAAUAAGAGGGACUAUUCCACCUGACAUUUAUAUUCAUAAUGCUGGAAGUUUUGAAGGUGUGCUUUUAUCAUCAUGAAACAGUCUUUUCAUAAAGUUUCCUUUGUGGCUCCCCAUUAAAAUAAGAUGCUAGUACCUUGUUCAAAUCCCAAACAAAAGCCAGCAAGAGGAUCAGGAGAACUCAGUUGCUCCAGUGACGCUUCAGCUGACAGGUGGCAGAACACAGGUAAAACUGAAUUUGCCAGAGGACAGAAAUGUUUCAAUUUAACAGGUGGUGGUGACAAAGGACUGCAGUCAACAGGGUCACCGGGAGUUUGGUUUCCUGAAAGCAGAACAAGAUCUGGGAAAGGGGGCUGUGUGGUUGACUAGAUAUAGGAGCUUGGAUCCAAGAGCACCAUAUACCCUCACUUUUGGACAGCCCUGAAAGGAUUAAGUGCUGGAUUUCACUGUAAAUCCCAAGCUGUUGGCAGGUAGACUGAAGUCUGUGUGCCGUCGGUGUUGGUAAAGCUUUGUAAUACUCUUGUCAGUCACACAUAAAAGGAGAUUACCCUUGUGGUUUUAUCACCACUUUACAAGAGCUAGCACUGUAUUUAUAGUUUUCAAUUGUAAAUAAUAAAUCACAGCCCCACGCUAUUACCUAUUGCCUGCCAUUGAGAACAAGCAAGUGUAUAUACUAACAACAACACACAGGAUUCAAGCUGUGCUUUCUCCUUGGACAGACAGGUAGACUGCGGUCUUCAUCUUUAUCUUUAAGGGAUUUGUUUCUUUUUUCUCAACCAGGUAAAUACAAGAUUUAAAUCAAAGGAGAACUUGCCAUCUUAGCCGAGAAUAAUCUGACUGAAUCAAAAUUCAACACUCGUAUGUCAAUAGAAAGAAAUAUUGAUCAGGAGUCGGGAUAUCUGUAUGUAUGUGUGCGGUGAGAGUGUUGACUCAGUGACAACAGAUAAUACACAAUCUUAUUCACUUUGCUGGUCAUCCUUCCUGUGAUCACAGAAAGAACAAUCAAUUUCCUCAAAGGUGAAGUGGAAACUGAUACUCUCGGGGGGAUCAGUUGUUAUCGAUACCAAAGAUCUUGAUUUGGAAAGUAAUCCUAGGAGUUUUCUCAGUGGAGCAGUGGAGUUAAAGCAGCAUUCCUGGUCGUUCUCCUUCUAGAAGAACUCUGUGGGAGGGUUUAAUAGAUCUUUAGCAGUUUAGCCAACUGGAGAUUUCAACUAUAGGAGGAUUUCCAGAACCUUCCAUCUCUCUUUUACUCAAGAGAUCACCCAAAGAGGGAUAUCUUGACAUUUGCACCAACAUAUGGAAUCCAGUUUAUAAACAGGUAUAUUAAUUUCCUGGUAACAUCAGUUAUAUGAUAUUACCCUUGCUACUAAGGAUACCCUGAGGAGAAAUCCAGAUCAGUGAAGGAAGGGGAUUUUGGAAAAAGGAAACAGCUAGGAUCACUUUCUCUCGUUGAUGAAUGACUGCUGGUGAUCACCCUGCUAAUCAGGUGGAGAUAGGAGUAUAUCGAAUUCCGCUUAGACAUCUCCUGUGUCAUUAGAUUGCAUAUCGCUUGGUCAGAUACUUUGGUGGAGAUUGGUCAGUUUGACUGGACAAUACAGCAAUGUGGAGGGAGCUUAUUGUAUUGUGUUUGAUGGCCAGUUGUCUAGAGACAGUUACAGGUGCUGAUUAUUACUGUUUCCGCCGCUAUGUGACCAAGGUUUCAGGAUGUAAAGGUAUCGUACGCAGGAAGUAUCCCACCCCACAGCACUGCUGUGCCAGAAGUAAUGCAGAUGGCUACGCAGUGGCUCUGGUCUCGCUUGGGAAGAAGUUUUAUGAAUGCAGAAAAUGCAGUGAUUUGACAAAGACCACCCCAGCAAAACCCCCGCUACAUAAGAUGGGAGAAUGGGCCAAAUGGGGAGAGUGGGGCAAGUGCAGUAAGUCUUGUGGAGCUGGAGCCAAGCAGAGAACACGGCUAUGUCCUGCAGGUGGCUGCCCCGGCACUCCAGACCAGAUGAGACCUUGUAUGGACAGACAGUAUUGUCCAGUUGAUGGAGGUUUUGGUCCUUGGCAUCCCUGGGAGUCCUGCUCUGCUAGCUGUAAUGGUGGAAUUCAGAGAAGACAGAGGUUCUGUAACAGCCCCAGGCCGGAGCAUGGAGGCAAGGACUGCGUGGGUAACACUACACAGAGUCAAGUCUGUAAGACACAGCCUUGUCCAGUUGAUGGUGGUUGGGGUGCCUGGUCAGGCUACAGCACCUGCAGUAAGACGUGUGGUAAUGGCAGACUAGUACGAAGCCGAGAGUGCAACAACCCAGCGCCACAACAUGGCGGCCAGGAAUGUACAGGGAUGCACAAACAAAAGAAACGAUGCACACUUAAGAAGUGCCCAAUUGAUGGUGAUUGGUCAUUGUGGACUGACUGGACUCCAUGCUCAGUGACAUGCGGGACAGGCAGCCAUACAAGGUCGCGAGAGUGUGUGGCACCACGACCACGUUUUGGUGGCCGGCCAUGCACUGGCAACGACACUGAUGUACUCUCUUGUUAUGUGGAUAUAGCAUGUCCAGUUAAUGGUGGCUGGUCGUCGUGGUCCUCCUGGAGUACGUGUGAGGCUCCACCGUGUAGUGGUAUCAGAGGGGUGCAGCUCAGAUUCCGAGCUUGUAACAACCCCAGCCCCAAACUGGGCGGCCUUAACUGUAUAGGAGAUGCUACUGAACAAAGGAAGUGUCACAACAAUAUAACAUGCCCAAGUAAGUACUUAUACUGUUACAUUACCAUUAUUUUCAUAUUUUUAGAAUGGGCCGAAUGGGGAGAGUGGGGCAAGUGCAGUAAGUCUUGUGGAGCUGGAGCCAAGCAGAGAACACGGCUAUGUCCUGCAGGUGGCUGCCCCGGCACUCCAGACCAGAUGAGACCUUGUAUGGACAGACAGUAUUGUCCAGUUGAUGGAGGUUUUGGUCCUUGGCAUCCCUGGGAGUCCUGCUCUGCUAGCUGUAAUGGUGGAAUUCAGAGAAGACAGAGGUUCUGUAACAGCCCCAGGCCGGAGCAUGGAGGCAAGGACUGCGUGGGUAACACUACACAGAGUCAAGUCUGUAAGACACAGCCUUGUCCAGUUGAUGGUGGUUGGGGUGCCUGGUCAGGCUACAGCACCUGCAGUAAGACAUGUGGUAAUGGCAGACUAGUACGAAGCCGAGAGUGCAACAACCCAGCGCCACAACAUGGCGGCCAGGAAUGUACAGGGAUGCACAAACAAAAGAAACGAUGCACACUUAAGAAGUGCCCAAUUGAUGGUGAUUGGUCAUUGUGGACUGACUGGACUCCAUGCUCAGUGACAUGCGGGACAGGCAGCCACACAAGGUCGCGAGAGUGUGUGGCACCACGACCACGUUUUGGUGGCCGGCCAUGCACUGGCAACGACACUGAUGUACUCUCUUGUUAUGUGGAUAUAGCAUGUCCAGUUAAUGGUGGCUGGUCGUCGUGGUCCUCCUGGAGUACAUGUGAGGCUCCACCGUGUAGUGGUAUCAGAGGGGUGCAGCUCAGAUUCCGAGCUUGUAACAACCCCAGCCCCAAACUGGGCGGCCUUAACUGUAUAGGAGAUGCUACUGAACAAAGGAAGUGUCACAACAAUAUAACAUGCCCAAGUCAUGGUGACUGGUGUUCGUGGGCGGAGUGGGGGGUGUGUUCCCAGUCCUGUGGGAGUGGCUACAAGGCAAGGUUCAGGAACUGCUCCUGUCCAGAACCACAGAACAAUGGCAAUGACUGCAUAGGAAGCAACUAUGAAAUUGUAGCUUGUAAAAGCCUCUUGUGUGGUAAAUCAGUACCAGACACUCAAAUAAGACAAAGAAAAGGAUGUUCCACUAGAGGUCACUCUGAGGGGUCAGGGUCAGGAGGAGGCUGGAAUUCAGAUGGGAGCGAAGUGGAGUGCGAUCAGGAGGAUGACUCAGUUAUGAAUGAUGAUGAUGAAGUCGGGAGCAGUCAGGGUAGCGGCUACGACAAGUUCUACGAAUAUCCCUACGGAUUCUUUAACUUCAAUCAUCUUUAUCACUACAAGAAGUAUAACAGUUAUGAUAAAGAAUACUCUUCAAAAGACAAAAACUGACAGAACAAGUUUUGUGUAAAUGUAUUUAUGCGUAAAUCAGAAGGGAUGGUUUUAAACCAUUAUGACAUUAUUGUGAAAAGGAUGCUCAAAACAUCAUAAGAUUAAAUUAUGGGAGCUAUGUACAAAUAGAUUCCAAUAUCUGUCCUUCCAAUCCAGGAAAUCUUCUACUUGCAUACUUUUGAACAUAAAUUCUUUUAUUGU